UUCUAAAACAUUUUUACUUCUAGGUAGGAUAGUUAAUAUGUAGUAAUAUUUAAAUUUAAGUAGCUACAUUAUACCUAAUAUAAUAUUUAUAUAGAUAACCGUAAACCGUCGAUUUUUGAUAUGUUACUGUAACUUAGAUUGUAUUCCAAUAAUUUAUACAGCAAUUUACAACUACAGCCGUGCAAUGAGUAUAUUGUUGUUUUAUGAAAAUAAAUAGAGACUCGUGCAAUGUCGGUUCAACAAAGGUAUAUUGCCAGAGGCACAGGCGACGACGACCGAAUGCAAAGUGAAAUGGACAGAUUAUUACUUAAAAAAACUUUAGAGUGGGAGAUGAGCUUAGAUGCGAGAGAUUUACGUUCUCAUGCUUGGUAUCAUGGCGGUAUUACAAGAUCGAAGGCUGAAGAGCUGCUCGUAGAAGAAUAUGAACAAUAUGCAAACAAAACAAACCAUAGUGAUUGUGAUACAAUUGAAUCUACAAAUUCUAGUCUUGGAAGCUACUUUUUAGUCAGAGAUUGUUCUACGCAACCAUCAAAUUACGUGUUAUCGUGCCUCGUAUUAAAAAAAAAUUUGGGACCUAAUGUUAGUGAAACUUUAAAUAUUGCGUCUUCCAACUUCAAUCAUCAAGUUUUACAUUUUGUCAUUAAUAAGGUUGUCCUGGAAGCUGAUUCUGUCUACAAACGUGUUCAAUAUCGAUUCGAGCAAGAUUCUUUCGAUACAGUACCUGAUUUAAUAACGUUUUAUGUGGGCAGUGGUCAACCGAUUUCGUGUGGAUCGUUGGUGCGCAUUCGAACUCCUUGUAACCGAAAAUAUCCAUUGACGAUGAUGGAGGUGAACGAAAAUACCAGUAGUAGCAACGACAAUUUUCGAGUUGUGGGUAAAAGCGAUUCGCUGUUUUUCUCGUCGUCUUUAGAAGAUAUUUUACACAAUAAGUUUCCAACAACCACUUCCGGUAGUGCUCGAAAUAUUACACCUCCGAAAAUACCGGCAAAGCAAGCUGUACAAAAUAUACAACAACAAAUGAGAAACAACAUAAGGAAACACUCUCUAGAAAAAGGAUCUUUACGUGCAGGAAUUUCGUCAUUGGUUUGCUCAACUAAUUCAUUACCACGCACUGGAAGUGGUAAAAUAUCGUCAAGAUUAUCCUCAAUUAGCCCGAAUGUAAGUAGUUCUAGCAGUACAAUGCCUAGAUCAGCAAAGAUCGCAACCAAACAAAAUAUUUCAAACGAUAAAUUGCCUAACCACAAAAAUCUAUCAGCUAGUUAUAUUACUGCCAGUUCUGUUGUGUCGUCCAAUAGCAACAUUUCAAAUAUAUAUAAAAAUUAUCCAGUUACAAGUACGAACAAUGAGUUACCGUCGACUGACGGACUGUCGAGUCAAGGAGAAAACGAUGGCAAUAACGGCACUUUAAAAAAGCAACAAACUCCAAUCAACUUUGGCGGCGGUGUAAUGAUAAAACAUCCAUUACCCGCAAUGAGUGGACAAAAGUUUAGUUUGGAUUUAUCGUUUCAAAAUGACGGAUCGGUAAAGAAAAAUGUGUAUACAACGUCGGACGGAUCUCGUACCGAUUGUAAAUCGUUGUUUGCCGAUUUAGACAAUUUUCAAACUUUGUUGUUGCCAUCCACUUUGGAAGGUAAUAAACCCUUGGACGGAACGGCUCUUGAAGGAGUACAUUGGAUGAUACAACAGACGUGUUCGAGAGUUUUGGCCAAUCACAUAACCUACGUGGACUUAUCGAUCACGUUAUUUGGUAACGAGAAAGAAGCGUCGCAAGGGUACACUGAAAAUAUAGACAUUCGAGCGGCCGACGAGAAUUCCAUGUCGUCUACUGACAAUAGCAUAAAAAAAACCGUUUUAACCAGUACAAGUUGUCCGUUGGAAUUGUGCUUGUUGCCGACAGGCCAUCGUCGACGUUUGGAUCUUAUUGAAAGAAAUGAGUGUGUAAAGUUCUUAGUUGCAGUCACCAUAUUGACUUGUGAAACUUUGGAAAACAGAGCUCAACUGUUGGACAAAUGGAUUCAGGUAGCGAUUGAUUUGAAAACUGCAUUGGGCAAUUUGUACGGUUUUUCCUCUAUCAUGUCGGGUCUGUGCGAUUCCAGUAUACAACGGUUGAGCGAUCUUUGGCUGGCCCUUAGGAAAAAUUACACCGAUUCGGCGUUUAACUUUGAAGCGAAACUACGACCCCAGUGGCUGAGCAUGGACCGCGGUACUAAUCCUCAAGCUCCAAACACCACUAUACCUCACUUAAUGCCCAUACUUUGGGUUCAUGAAAAAAUUCACGUCUGCAGCACCGGAAUAUUCGAAAGCCAACAGCCCCAUACUACUUAUAACAAUAACGUCAAUAGGAGCAACGAACAAGAAAUCAACGGUACCGUAAAUUCAAUGGCCAGUACGCUUAAUCAUCAGCUAUCGUUUGACGAAAACAUUCUGAGUACUUCGGUCGGUUCACUCAGCACGGGCAAUGGCGAUUUUGGUUUGCAAACGUUGUUGAAUCACAUGCAGGCGGCCAGGUCACAUCUCCGGGCCCUUAACGAAUACCGUCGCAACGCCAAUACCGUAUUGCCUGCGAUCAACCCACGGGAGUGUUCUUCUAACAAAUCUUUAGCGCCGUUACCAAAUUCCAUGUCUGUCGAUCAGUUGCUGUUGGACUUGUUCAGCACCGAGUUUCUUUUGAAGUUUCUUUGGGGCAGCAAAGCCGUGACCAGUCAAAAACCGCCACAGACCAACGAUGGUUUCGAGGACGCCGAUCAAACACCGACUUCGACCGACGUAGACGGCAGACUGGACGUAGCAGCCGAUAUUGAAUCCGAUGCUAGUUGCAUGUGGCAACGUCAUGAAAAGUUCCGAGCGAUAUUGCGCGUAAUGUCGGAGAAAUGUGAAAGUCCCAAGACGUUAAAAGACCGAGUCGGUGAAAACGUAACGGCACCCUUACAAACUGCCGUUUAGUUUUACUGACUACGGUUUUUUUUUUUUUAAAUAGCCCAAAGUAUCGUCGUGGUACGUUUAAUUUUUUAAUUAAAAGUCUUUAAAAACAUAUAUAUAUAUAUAUAUCUAUAGUUUUAAAUUGUAGCUGGCAUAAAAAGUGGGAUUUUUUUUUUUGCAAACUAGGACUGACAAAAAGGUUAAUACCAAAUUUAAUUAAAAUCUAUAAUAAGUAACGUUACUUAACUAGGUAUUAAAAUUAAUUAACCUUGUAUUGCAUUGGGCAAGUGCUUAACAAUAUGUAUUGAACCAUUUAAAGUAUUUUUAGGCAUAAUUGAGGCUGUUCAGUUAAUGGUUUUUCGUCGACCGUUAACGACCAAAACCGAGUAGUCAAAUAGAAAAAAAACCCAGUCAACCUUAACAGCCUUAGUUAUAGCUUAUAUUAUACUUAACCAGUAUUAUUGAAAAUAAGAAAAUGCGAUAAACUUUAUGUUUCCUAAUUAUUUAUUCAGAUCUCUCUUUUUUUUAAAUAUAUAUCAUAGUAAAUAUUCUAUAUAAAUAUAAUUUAUAUAAUAUUUGUUGUCUUUAGAAAUAACAUAUUUUACAUAUUCUAUUUGUGUUGUGUGCUUACUUACAUUUUUUUUAUAUAAUAUGUUUGACGGUAAUUGCCUUUAAACAAAUAUUACAAUAUUGUAACUAAUUAACAAAUAAUACUCAUUUUUUUUUUGUGUGUUUGUGCAAUCUUUAAUGAUUUAUUUUUGUAUGUUUUUACAAAUUUUAACUUGUGCCAACAAUUAUUUAUUUAAUUUAAUUAAUGUAUCGUAUUUUAACGGUAUUGUCUUAAAUGACCGAAACCAAAAUAAGGAAGAAGAAAGAAUAUUAUGUUAAUAGCAGUAUUAUAGCGUGCAAACUGAAAAUGAUUCAUUUUUGUUUAAUCAUACGGGAAAAAUAGUAUUCUACUUAAGACCAAUAAACUUAAUGGUAAUUGCAUUACUUACUUUAUAGUAAUAAUUACUAACAGCAUUUACUUUUUUUACGAUUUGUUUUCUAUACAUUUUUAUUUAUUGUAACAAUUUUAUAUUAUUGUCAUUAUUUUUUACAAUUUUUUUUUUUAUUUUGUACCAGAAUAGUUUUUGUAUG